AUGCAGCAGUCCUACUGGGACCUCUCCUCCAUCGUCUGCGAGUCCUUCAAGCUGCCCUGCCACUUCAAGAUCGACGCGCCCGGCCUCGGCCACCUCGCCGGGCAGGGCGAGGACGACCCGUCCUUGAUCCGCCUCGGCACGCGCCUCGAGCUGCCCUUCUGGAUGGCCGAGUACCUCACGCUGCAUGACUUCAUCGACAUCUCCUUCCCACGGCCGUACGCUGCGCGCGUCAGGAAUGCACUGGCGGCGGACGCGAGGAGCGUGCAGCUGAGGGGGCUGGGCGCGUGGUGGUAUGCCGUUGGGGCGAGACUGGGCGGCCUCAGCGCAGAGUCGAGCGAGCUCAAGGAGCUGCUCUCCAAGACCUACACCCUUCGACUGCCUCCCAUCUUCUCCGCCGCACAGCAUCUGGCUGCUGCAGGGCGCGUCGCCGCGACACAUGGCGAGCCAGCGGGCAGUGCGACGGGCAGCGGCGGUGCAGACAGCGCAGGAGGCGGCGCGAAUGGCGCCACGACAGAUCCAGACGCGCCGGGCUUUGGCAGCGGCGCGGGCGUGGGCAUGGGCGAGGAGAUGGUCAACUUCUUGAAGGGGCUGGAGGAGGGGGAGAGAGAAUUGCUGGCGAUCGGACAAGAAGCUGCCCGCAUCAUGCGCCUGUAUCUCGCCGGCCGGUGA